GUGUUCACAGAAAAUCUCAAGCAAUCUAUAAAAAAGAAAAACCCUUCUGAACUAAUGAGUGAAUUUAGCAAGAUUAUAGGAAAAAACAUGGCCAAUAUACAAAAUCAAUCACACUUCUAUAUGCUAGCAACAAACAACUGAAAUUUUAUAUUUAAAAAUAUAACAAUAGCAUAAAACAUGAAAUACAGAUAAAUUUAACAAAAUAUAUUCAAGACUUCUACAUUAAAACAUUACACUAAAUCUACAAAACAUUUCUGACAGAAAUUAAAGAAGAUCUAAAUAAAUGGAUGGAUAUAUAGUCAUGGACUGGAACCUUCAAUAUUGUUAAGGUAGCCAUUAUGCUCAUAUUGAUCUGUAUCGAUUUGGCACAAUUCUAAGGAAAAACCUCAAGGUUUUUUUGGUAGAAAUUACCAAGCUGAUUUAAAAUUUACAUGGUUAUCCAGAACAGCCAAGUCAAUUUUGACAAAAGAAAUGAUAACAAUACCAAAGUCGGAGGACUUAUGUUACUAGGCUUUAAGACGUCAGGGAAAGUUAUUGUAAUCAAGACAGUAUGUUGUUGGGAUAAACAUACACAAACAGCUCAGUUGAACAGAAUAGAGAGUUCAGAAAAAGACAUACAGGUGGUAAAUUGAUGUUCUAUAUUGGCAGCAUUGUAAUGCAGUGGAGAAGAUGCUGCAACACUGGAGGGAUUAGUUACCUGUUACUGCGUAACAAAUUACUCCACAACUUAGUCAACACAAAUUUAUCUUCCAGUUUCUUUGAGGAAUUUGGGAGUGGCUUAGAUGGGUAGUGUUGGCUCAGGAUUUUCAUGAGGUGAGAGUGAAGACAUCAGUGAGGGCUCCAGUCACUGAUGAAGGCUCAAGUAAAGCUGCAGGAUCUGCUUCCAAGACAGUUCAUUCACACAGUUAUUUGGAAGAGGCCUCAGUUCCUCACCACGUGGAUCUCUUCCUAUGUCUGCUUACGUGUGUCCUCACCACAUGGCAGCUGGCUUUCCACAGAGUGCGUGAUCCAAGAAAGAGAAAGCAAGGGGGAGCCACAGUGCCUUUUAUGCCUUAACCUUGGGUCAUAACACCAUUUCUUCACAUUCUAUCAUUAAAAUCAAGUCAUUAAAUACAACGCAAACCUAAGAGGAGAGGAAUUUAGUCCCUAUCUUUUGAAGAGGGGAGUGUGAAAGAAUUCAUGGGCAUUUGUAAAAUGCCCAUACUAAGUAUCCAUAUGGAACAAAAUGGAUCUCAACCUCUACCUCACAGCACACACAAAAAUUAUUUCAAAAAUGGGUCAGAGGACUAGAUAAAAGGUAAAACUACAAAACUUCUAGAAGGAAACACAGGAGAUAAUUUUUGCAACAUUAGGAUAGGCAGAUUUCUUAGAAUACAAAACACCAUUACAAAAUUCAAUGUCAUACACAUAGUAAAUACAUAUAAAUGUCAAAAACAGGGUGGAGUGGAGGCAGAUCAUGCUGGGCUGCUGCUGCUGCUGCUGCUGCUGCCGCCGCCGUCAUGCCAGCCCCUCAGUCUCAACAAGGCUGGGUGGUGCUCCAUAAUGGGAGACAAGCCAAUCACGGAGCAGGUUGGAUCCAGCUUCAUUCAACAUUGCUACCAGUUAUUUCAUAAUGAUAGAACUGAGUCAUGCCUUACACGAGAAGGUCAGAAAUUCCAGGGGAAAGCUGCCAUUGUGGAGAAGUUGUCUAGCCUUCUAUUCCAGAAAAUCCAGCAUAGCAUUACGGCACAAGACCAUCAGCCCAUGCCAGAUAGCAGCACCCUCAGCACGGCUGUGAGCUGGUGUAGGGCUGAUGAAGACCCCGUCAUGGGGUUCCACCAGAUGUUGCUAUUAAAGAACAUCAACGAUGCCUGGGUUUGUACCAGUGGCAUGUUCAGGCUUGCCCUGUACAACUUUGGCUGACCUCCUCCCAGCCAGGCACUCAUGCUGUUUCCUCCUCCCUCCUCUUCCCCAUACUAUUCACCCUCCUCCAGAUACGCAAACAAGCAGGGCUGCAGUGGGAGCGGGCGA